GGAAACUUGGGGCCAGAUCCCGGCUGCGCCUGCGCAUUGUCGGGGGGGGCGUGGAGCCCGCCGGGCGAGGCCGGGAGCGCCGGAAAAGGUGGCACUGGAUCCAGACCUGGAGUGACUUGCCGGGGCGUUGCCUGCCGCGCGAGGGGGCUCCAAGCCCGGAGCGCGGGCUCUACCCCACGGAAGGACCGGCGACUGUGAGGUACACUGCUUUUCUAAAAAGAUCGAUCAUGACAGGAAACUCUUCGUGCAGUUGGCUACUGGCGACACCCCAGAAGGCCCUGAAAUAGUAUUCGGUUCCACGGGGCACUCUGAGGGAUCAAGCUAUGGUGAAAAAUGUUUCGAAAAGGCAAAAAGCGACACAGUAGUAGCAGUUCCCAAAGUAGUGAAAUCAGUACGAAGAGCAAGUCUGUAGAUUCUAGCCUCGGGGGACUUUCUCGCUCCAGCACUGUGGCCAGCCUUGAUACUGAUUCCACCAAGAGCUCAGGACAAAGCAACAAUACAUCAGAUACCUGUGCAGAAUUUCGAAUCAAGUAUGUUGGUGCCAUUGAGAAACUGAGACUGUCUGAGGGAGAAAGUCUUGAAGGACCUCUGGACCUGAUCAAUUACAUAGAUGUUGCCCAGCAAGAUGGAAAGUUACCUUUUGUUCCUUUGGAGGAAGAAUUUAUCAUGGGAGUUUCCAAGUACGGCAUAAAAGUAUCAACAUCAGAUCAGUAUGAUGUCCUACACAGGCACGCCCUGUAUCUGAUCAUCCGGAUGGUGUGUUACGACGAUGGUCUCGGGGCAGGAAAGAGCUUACUGGCUCUCAAGACCACAGAUGCGAGCAACGAAGAAUGUAGCCUCUGGGUUUAUCAGUGCCACAGCCUGGAACAAGCACAAGCAAUCUGCAAAGUUUUAUCCACUGCUUUUGACUCUGUCUUGACAUCUGACAAAUCUUGAAUUCUGCAGUCACGUGGAAGUCAGCCUCUUGUGAAAGCUGAACUGUUUCCAAUCUGCAGCGUCGAACCAUUGAACCAUUGUGGAAAUACAAAGCAAUACCUUGCUCUAGAAUUUUUUCAGAAGAAAAUCCAAUGUAUGACAUACCGAUAUUUGCUUUUCUAUUAAAAUGUGUCUUAAUAGCAA